AUGGCGGUCGUUGAGAGCGUCGGAGCUGAUACGGAGGCUGGUGUGACCUCGCCGUCGCCGCCGUCUUCCGUGACCAGUCAAGAAUCAGGAGUCUAUUCCAAAAACGAUCAGGGUGAAAAUGGAACCCACGGUGGGAUCGGAUCCAACGUGGCGAGAUCCGACGGUGGAGAGAGCUUCAAGCGUGAGAUGAGAGAGCUCCAUGAGCUUUUAUCCAAGCUUAACCCCAUGGCUGAAGAGUUUGUUCCUCCUUCACUGAAUAAGCAAAGGGUUAAUGGUUCUAACGGCGUUAACGGCGCUAACGGUGGUUUCUUCACCGUCCCUGGCUCUUUCUUUAACAACAAUGGCUUUGGUGCUGCUGGAAAUUUUCCCGUCAACGAAGACGGCGGCUUUCGACGGAAGAAUUCGUUCGGACCACAAGGGAAACGAAGAAUGAAUCCUCGGACAAGCAUGGCUCAGCGUGAAGAUAUCAUCCGAAGAACUGUCUACGUGUCUGAUAUUGACCAACAGGUUGUUGACUGUCGCAUAUGCGGUGACCCAAACUCAGUACUUAGAUUUGCUUUCAUCGAGUUCACUGAUGAAGUUGGUGCAAGAGCUGCGUUGAAUCUGUCUGGGACGAUGCUAGGAUUCUAUCCUGUGAAGGUUAUGCCGUCAAAAACAGCUAUUGCACCGGUGAAUCCGACACUCUUGCCAAGGACUGAAGAUGAGCGUGAGAUGUGUGCGAGGACUAUCUACUGCACUAACAUCGACAAGAAGGUCACUCAAACGGACAUAAAACUCUUUUUCGAGUCUGUGUGUGGAGAGGUGUACCGUCUGAGACUGCUUGGAGACUUUCAUCAUCCUACUAGAAUCGGUUUCGUUGAGUUUGUCAAUGCUGAUUCUGCAAUAGCUGCACUCAACUGUAGUGGCGUGCUUCUUGGUUCUUUACCGAUAAGGGUGAGUCCGUCAAAGACACCUGUUCGUUCCCGUGCUGUCCCGCGAAAUCAAAUGCAUUGA